GCCAGUGCGUUCCACCUUACCUUACUAUCGGGUUGUGCGUUCCACACACAGGAAGUGAGUUUCAAUCGGUUGCUGCAGCCUCCAAGUGUCCGUCGAGAUCGGGGAUAUCAACUACAGGAUCAAAGGUUGCACGUACAACGAGACCCCUACAACACAGAACUCAUCUACUUGGAAUUGAUAAGGACAUUUCAUGGUUACACAGUAGUGAAGAAGACAUCCAGUGAGUGUGAGGCACCCAACAGCCAUUCCCGUGUGUCAGGAGGACUGAGCAGGACCCAGAGCCCCAUCACGGUGCUUAUACGUGAGAGGCACAAUGACCAGAAGAUCCUGGAACUCACCAACAAGAUCAUUCAGCUGCUGACUGGAGAGGUUCCUAUAAGGUGUCAGGAUGUCACUGUCUAUGUCUCCAUGCAGGAGGGGGAGUAUAUAGAGGAACACAGGGGUCUAUACAAGGACGUGAUGAUGGAGAAUCACCGGCCCCUUACAUCACUGGAUGGGCCCAGUAACAGAGAUACCCCAGAGAGAUGUCCCCGUCCUCUGUAUUCCCAGGAUUGUACAGAGGAGAAUCACAGGAUCCCACAGGAGGAUCAGGUAGAACGUCUGUCUGAUAUUAAAACAGAAGAUACAGAGGGAGAAGAAGAGACGUAUGUGGCUGAUAUGAAGGCAGAAGAUACAGAAGGAGAAGAAGAGACGUAUGUGACUGAUAUGAAGGCAGAAGCUAUAAAGGGAGAAGAAGAGACGUAUGUGACUGAUAUGAAGGUAGAAGAUAUAGAGGGAGAAGAAGAGACGUAUGUGACUGAUAUGAAGACAGAAGAUACAGAGGGAGAAGAAGAGACGUAUGUGACUGAUAUGAAGGCAGAAGAUAUAGAGGGAGAAGAAGAGACGUAUGUGACUGAUAUGAAGGCAGAAGAUACAGAGGGAGAAGAAGAGACGUAUGUGACUGAUAUGAAGGCAGAAGAUAUAGAGAGAGAAGAGACGUAUAUGACUGAUAUGAAGGCAGAAGAUACAGAGGGAGAAGAAGAGACGUAUGUGACUGAUAUGAAGGCAGAAGAUAUAGAGGGAGAAGAAGAGACGUAUGUGACUGAUAUGAAGGCAGAAGAUACAGAGGGAGAAGAAGAGACGUAUGUGAGGGGUGAUCAGCAGUGUAAGGAGGAGGAAAUCCCUACAGAUAUCAGCAACGCAGAUGGACACACAAGCAGGAACAUCUCAGAAGGACAUCUAAUGUUAUCCCCGGAUUGUGAAAAAGAAGAUAAUGACAGUAGACCGGAUUCUCCAGGAGAUGAUCCUAUUACCUCAAUUAUACAUCCAGCUCUAUCAUCUGGUCCCUCUGAUCCUGGGAAAUGUUCUCCUGAUCACUCUGAUAUUGGUGCAUCUGUUACAGCUCUGAUAGUAGAUACAGUAUUUCCCUGUUCUAUAGAUGCCAAAUGUUUUACACAGAACACAAACCUUAUUACCCAUAAAUCAGCUAAGGCAGGUGAGAGACUAUUACCAUGUUCUGAGUGUGGUAAGUGUUUUCCAUACAAAUCAGAUCUUGUUAAUCAUCAGAAAUGUCACACAGGUGAGAAGCCAUUUUCUUGCUCUGAGUGCGGGAAAUGUUUUACCCUGAAAUCAAAUCUUGUUAGACAUCAGAGAAGUCACACAAGUGAGAAUCCAUUUCCAUGUUCUGAGUGUGGGAAAAGUUUUCCAUACAUAUCAGAUCUUGUUAAUCAUCAGAAAUGUCACACAGGUGAGAAGCCAUUUUCUUGCUCUGAGUGUGGGAAAUGUUUUACAUACAAAUCAGCUCUUGUUAGACAUCAGAGAAGACACAAAGGUGAGAAGCCAAUGAUAUGUUCUGAGUGUGGGAAAUGUUUUGCAUUCAAAUCAGCUCUUGUUAGACAUCAGAGAAGUCACACAGGUGAGAAUCCAUUUUCUUGCUCUGAGUGUGGAAAAUGUUUUACACGGAAAUCAGGUCUUGUUACACAUCAACGAAGUCACACAGGUGAGAAGCCAUUUUCCUGUUCUGAAUGUGGGAAAUGUUUUAUAAGCAAAUUAUAUCUUGGUAGACAUCAGAUAAUUCACACAGGUGAGAAUCCAUUUUCUUGCUCUGAGUGCGGGAAAUGUUUUACCCUGAAACAUAAUCUUGUUAUACAUCAGAGAAGUCACACAGGUGAGAAUCCAUUUUCUUGCUCUGAGUGCGGGAAAUGUUUUACCCUGAAACAUAAUCUUGUUAUACAUCAGAGAAGUCACACAGGUGAGAAGCCAUUUUCUUGCUCUGAGUGUGGGAAAUGUUUUACACUGAAAUCAAAUCUUGAUACACAUCAGAGAAGUCACACAGGUGAGAGGCCAUUUUCUUGCUCUGAGUGUGGGAAAUGUUUUACCCUGAAAUCAAAUCUUGUUACACAUCAGAGAAGUCACACAGGUGAGAGGCCAUUUUCCUGUUCUGAAUGUGGGAAAUGUUUUAUUAAUAAAUUACAUCUUGUUAGACAUCAGAGAAGUCACACAGGUGAGAAGCCAUUUCCAUGUUCUGAGUGUGGGAAAUGUUUUACCCAGAAAUCACAACUUGUUACACAUCAGAGAAGUCACACAGGUGAGAGGCCAUUUCCAUGUUCUGAGAAAUAAAUCAGCUCUUGUCGCACACAAUAGACAUCACUCAGGUGAGGAACCAUUCUUUUCUUCUGGAGUAUACUUAUCAUUGCUAUGUAACGUUCUGCAAGGUUCUUAUCCUAUCUCCCAAGUUUUUUGCAAUACACGUGCUACCACUGGGUGAAACAGACGUCAUGUCCUCGUUUACCACUGGUAUGCCGAUGACCGGUCUUUUGCUCUGGGUACUGAGAACCCAAUACCAAUCCUAAAUGUCUAGCUGAGCUCCAGGUGUGGGUGACGCCAGUUGGCUUUGACUCCGUCCUAGUGAAACAGUUCCAUAUGAUAGAAGCUCACGACAAAGGGCAGGGCUACAGCUCAGCUUUGCUUACCAACCAGACUUACACUUGGGGGUUCAGAGUUACAAAAUGCUGAUCAUGUGCAGAAUCUUGGUGUCCUGGAUGUUGGAGUGACACUUAGACAUCAGGUAUCAGCCACAAUCAGAUCCUCAUCUGAGGAACAUAGCCAGACCAUAACGAAGACUACAAAGAAGACAAGAUAACCCUGGUAGGAAGCACUCUUAUCUGAGGUAACAAGAUACCGUAGAUCAUGAAAAAAUUAUAAUCUUAAAAUUACAAAUUUUAUUAGAUAUGCCUUAAAAAAUUAUUUUUCAACAUCCGUGUAAAUUCACUGAUAAGUAUGUGAUCUUUUGCGAAAAUAUGUUGAAAGAUAUGGUCUUAUCUAAAUGACCUUAGUCAGAACAAUUAAAUAUGUUCUAGUCCGUCUGCGUAAUAAUUCCCUUACCAUUGGUGUAUGACUAAAUCAAAAUGUAUCAAAAAUUUGAUAGUGUGACCAUCAUCUUUAUCAUUUAUUUAGCCCAUAUAUAAAUUCUCAGGGCAAUAAUUUUGAAUCAUAGGUCACUUAAUGGAUUAUUUUCGGUUGGGUCACUUAUACACCAGUGUGUGGCCCAGUUAACGAGAAGUGUCUGUGAAGCCGUUUCUUAGAGAUAUAACGGACAAGGGCAUGCCAUCAAUUGGACAUGAAAUGGUGCCACCUGUAUGAAGAAAUAAGGAUAUUUGGUUUGUGUCAGUUCGCACACAUGCACAAGAUGAAAGAGUACAAGGCACCCGUAUUAUAAAAAACCCCGUGUGUUCUAUCUCAAUUAUUCUAGAUUGAUAACCCAAGGGGAAAUAAAUUUACCUUAGAUAUGGAUCAUAAUCGCUGCUAUGUAGAGGUAUGAGGUGCAUGUGCCUCCAUUCUUAGCAGUUGUCAAACAUUCCACUUGCUGGGUUAAGGGAGGGAUAUGAGGUAGAAGUGCUCAAAGGCACUGGAAAAGAUCCCAAAAUUUAGAAAACCAACUAGUCUCAAGCCAUUUCAAAAGGGUACCAACCACAAAACCAAAAAUUGUGGGAACCUUCCCCUGUGGACACUGUAAAGCUUGCAAGUGGAUCAAACAAACAGAUACCAUCAUGGAUCGUUUUGGUAAAAACAUAAAAUCCCAACAUUACAUUAACUGUAAUACGGAAGCAGUAGUUUAUUGCAUAUCAUGUGAGUGCAACAAACGGUAUGUGGGGAUGACAAGUAGACCUUUCAAACAACGUAUUUUAGAGCACAUUGGCUCAACAUGGAAUGCCGUAAAGGAUCUGGCAAAUUUUAAAAAAUUGACUUCAGUUGCACGUCAUUUCCAUUAUGAACAUGACGGGUCUUGGCAAAAUCUUAAAGUUUAUGGCUUGGAACAAGUCAAGUUAGGAAACAGAGGAGGUGACAAUGUCAACCAGUUAUUACAAAGGGAAUGUGAAUGGACCUUUAAAAUCGGGGCUCUCAACCCCGAGGGUUUAAAUGAGAAUAUUAAUUUUGGAGCUUUUCUUCCCAAAUAAUUUAGAUACUACACAGUUCUUGUUUUUUAGUCUAUUCACACAAUUGGACGUGACUACAGCUUCAACUUAGCAUUUUCACACACACUAUUUCUCUCUCACAACUUUAAUACAUCAAUGGAACAUGGCAUCAUUUCUUUCACCUUUUUUCUCAACAUUAUCACGUUAUUUAUUAGUUUGGCUCUAUAUAAACAUUUCCUUAGAUCACCAUAUCACUUUCUAAAAAGUGACUAAACAGAAUUAUGGCAUCUUCUCACAUACUACCCCUUAUGAUAGUAAUAUAUAAUUUUAUAUAUAUAUAAAAAAAAUUGUAGAAUUAUGCACGUAGUAAGUUUGGUAUUAAUUUACCUACUAUGGUAAUCAUACAGAUCACUGAUUUUCUGAGAACUACACACACACCUCAACCUUUUUUCACAAGUUUUAGUGUACUCUACAUAAAUACGGAAUAAUUUUUCUGCAAUGUGUCUGACAAAAUAUAACGUAGGACUCUGCACCACAAUUUAAUAUUUGUGGUGUGAAGUCAUGAAUAACAGUAUAAAGGGGUGCACACACAUAUACACAUAUAUAUGUACAUGCAUAUUUAAAGCUACCCCAUCUAUAAUCAAUAUAUAAUUGCUCAUGGGCAACAAUCCCUUUAAUUCUUCAUAUGUAUUAUUAUUUUUGAUUUUAUAAUAUUCCUUUUCUCCUCUUUUUGUUCCAACGUAUAAUGUUAUAAUUCUUAAUAAGACUGGUCAAUAAAAGGAUCCUUACGGAAUCAUGUUUUAAGUAUUUAAUUAUACUGUAAUGGUAUCUCCUUUGGAAUGCCCCAUAUGCCAUCAUUUCUUUCCUUCCCUUUUCAUUAUAGGGAUUGUAUGUAGACACUCACCGCAAUACAGUCUGUGUGAAUUCUGUUCACUUAUUAGUGUUUUCUUUCGUUAUUUAACUUUAGUAAUUUUUAUAUUUAAUAGGUUUCCUGUUAAACUAUAUCUGGGAACUUAUGACUUUGAACUGGGUAGCCUUGUUAUAUACAUAUACAUAGGAUUGCUUCCGGCACCUAUAAUUAAUUAGUAAUGAAGAAGGACUGUGAAUAGGCAGCAAUCCCCUUUAAAACUAAUAGAUCACAGGCUACCCAACCUCCUGUGAUCAAGCCUUGUGAAACGUACGUCAGGUCUAAGAGGGUGAGUCACGUGGUGCGCACACGUGACCCACCGGUCUGUCAGCGGAAUAGCAGUGUGGCAGCUGGGAACGGAGGAAGUGUUUGGUUGCCGCUGGUCGGAGCGGCCGCAGGCGGAUGGGACCCCGCGUGGCUGAUGGGCGGCGGGGAUCGACUCUGAUUUCAGACGCCUACAUGAGGGACUCAGGGGCUGCAUUUCCUCUUUUUUCUUUGCGGCCUGUUUCGGGAGUGGUAACUAUACAGACAUGAUAUGAGCUCUGAUAAUGAUUGUGAAUUUAUUUCUACCAUCUCUUUUUUGUUGGCGUGUAUAUAGGAAGAUAUUAGUGGCAAAGAGAGAUGACAUUAUCAUGCAAUUUGAUUGAUACCGGCAAUAGUUAAUGGUGGUCAAUUUUUGUCUCUCAUUAAUCACUAUACAACCAUUCGGGAGUGUAUCGCAUUAGAGGCAAAUGUGCAGGUCCAAAUCUCUGCACUACCUGUUAUAAGGCACCAGAGAGUACCCGCCUGAGGCUCCUUGCUUGAUACCUCCUCUUUCUUCCUUCUGGCCAAGUUGGGUGCACCUACCCUCUCUCAUUCCUCGUCCUAUACCUGCUGGCAAGACGGGAGAACAGCAGAAGGGAGGUCUAUCUGUAUCUUGGCCACUUUACACACCUCUAUGUGUUUUAAGAAUACUAUGUCAUCAACUUAGCAUAUUAAAUUAGCUGAUAGUUGUUGAGAAAUUGAGAGAUACAUAUGCCUCACACCUCUGUUAUAGUAUGAUGAUGAUGGUCAUUACUAUAGGAAUUAACACUUGAAACUGCUUGGCAGCCGCUGAAAAGAAUUGAAGCUCCUGUGCCUCAUACCUCUGUCAAGCAUUUGAAAUCAUUUGACAGCUAUUGAUAAAAACUGAGGUAUUGGUGCCUCACACCUCUGUCAGUACAUGAUUGUAAAUAAUAUCAACAUAUGAAAUUGCUUGGAAGCUGUUAAAAAGAACCUAAGCUUUCUGUGCCUCAUACCUCUGUCAAGCAUUUGAAAUCACUUGAUAGCUAUUGAGAGAAACUGAGGUACUGGUGCCUUAUACCUCUAUCAGGACAUGAUUGUAAUUAAUAUCUGUUUUUGACAUCAGCAUUUUGAAAUUAUCAGGCUGCUGCUGAAUUAAUUGCUUGAUAGCUAUUGAUAAAAACUGAGAUAUUGGUGCCUCAUACCUCUGUCAGGACAUGAUUGUUACUAAUAUCAAUAUUUGAAAUUGCUUGGUAGCCGUUGGAAAGAACUUAAGCCACUGUGCCUCACACCUCUGUUAAGCAUCUGCAACUGCGUUAUAGCCAUUGAUUAAAACAGAGGUAUUGGUGCCUCAUACCUCUAUCAGGACAUGAGUAUAAUAUCUGGUUUUGAAUUUAGUAUUCUGAAAUUGUUAGGCUACUGCUAAACAAAUUGAGGUUCACAUGUCUCACAUCUCUGGUCAACAAUAUGUCAUCAGAUAGCUGUCAUCAAGCACUGACUAAGCCAUUAUAGUUUUCUUAUUCAAACUGCUGGGAUACAUGUGGAGGAAUUGAUGGUAAAGAGAUUUGGAGUGAUACGGCGUGGGUUUUUCACAGAAAAGAUUAGUCUCUUAAGACAUGGGUAUAUUUAGUUGCGGAUGAUCAAGGCACACUUCUUUUGGGGUAAUCACUAUAUGACUGUUGAUACGAAGCAACCCAUUAAUCAGAUAACCGCCUUUGAGCACUUCUACCUCAUAUCC